UCAAAGUUGCUCUUAAGACUUUGACAUGCUGUCAUACAAAACGCACAGAAGGGCCAAGCACUCAUAGGGGUAAGAGGAUAAGAUCAACUCUCUGAAAACCCUUUAGACCAGAACAUGGUUGAGGGGAUUCACCCCCGACCCAACAUGAUGACGGAGGUCAGGACCACACGAGGAGAGGGAGAGGAGAGGAUAGUGGACAUCUUGGUUUGUCCUGAGAGCCUCAGAGAUCAACAGCAGGACUCUGUGGGGACAGAGGAGUCCUCCAAGUCUCUGGGAACAGGAAGAAGUCAGCGGCCGGACGCUGUGAGCCCUCCUUGGUGUCCUAUCAGGGCUGUGGUGGUGCUUCUGGGCCUGCUGUCUGUUGUCCUGCUGGCUAGACUGAUUGGGUUGGCAGUGCAACACAAGAAGACUGACUACCAACACGUGGCUAUCCUGGAAUAAGAGCAGGGAGUUCUGUGUUUCCCACGGAGCAGAUCUGGUGGUGGUGGACAGUAAAGAGGAGA